ACCUUUAGUUCGUUCGCCGCCGAUCUCGUGUACGGUCGUACCUGUUGGUACCCGAUUGAGCGCUCGCCGGUUAAGAAGCAGUCUAAUCCCAGUCGUUUUCGAAAGAUCGUCACGCGGUCUCGUACGUGCCACCGAUAUAUAUAUAUAUAUAUACAUACAUAUAUAUAUAUAUAUUCGGGUAUAUAAGAGAGGUGUGGAAGAAGGGAGAGUAGGGGAGGAAGGAAGAAAACAAAAAAAGGGAAGGAAGAAAGGAAAGGCGUAAAUCGAGAAUAAGAUAGCUCGCGUAGAUCGCGAGUGUCGUUCGUUCAUCCCUUCUACGACGGAAAAUCUGGAAAGUCAAGGUGCAAGUCUCGAAAUGUCGUCCCUGAAGGGCGAUAAGACACCUUACGCACGUCUUUGCCACAUCGUCAAGUGGGAUGACUUUGACGGUUACGGCUUCAAUCUUCACGCGGAGAAAGGAAAGAACGGGCAGUACAUCGGUAAGGUGGAUGAGGGUUCCCCGAGCCAAGCUGCUGGCUUGAAGCAAGGGGAUCGAAUCAUCGAGGUAAACGAGAUUAACAUAGCCAAUGAGACUCACAAGCAGGUGGUCGAACGCAUCAAGGCGUUCCCGAACGAGACCAAGCUCCUGGUGCUCGAUCAUGAGGCUGACGAGUACUUCAGGGCAAACAACGUCAUCGUCAAGGGCACCAUGGCGAACGUCAAGGUAAUCAAGACGCCGGAGAGGAAUCCGAACAGCGUGGAUCACGAGGAGGGAUCGGACCACGGCAUCUCCGCCGACGAGAAUGCACGAAAGUCGACCGGGUCCAACGACACGGAGCACAGCGAUAGCACGGCAACGACGGUGAAUGCUUCUACGAUAGCGAUGACAACGACGACGACGAUGAUGACGACGACGGCUUCGUCGACGACGAUGUCCUCGUUGUCGAGCGAAAACGAAGAGACGAGUAUCGCUCGGGAAAACGGCAGUACCAAGUCGAGAAACAGCGAGACGACGGAGGCACAUGUUCACGGAACCGGCAACGGCACCGUCGCCGGGAACAACGAGCCCCGGCAAGGUUUGAACCUGAAGAUGAGCGCGAAGGAGCUCAGGGCUCAGCUGGCGGCACGGAAGAAGUACGAUCCUAAGAAGGAGUCGAUCGGCUUCAAGGACAAAUUCGACAUCGUUCAGAAACUUUAAUUAUUAAGUCGGCUAAUUAAGAAGAACAAACAAACAAACAAACAGGCAAACAAGCUAGCACAAAAAAGAAACGAAAAGGAUACGGUAUCAUCUCGAUCGAUCUAAAAGCCACGGUGUGAUUCUUCGUAUUUCUUGGCGGUCCUUUCUGGUUCUUGCAUUUCUCUUUUAUCGGCCCUUUCCCCUCUCAUAUACUCUCAUCGAUAUUAUUAUUACGAACGAGCCGAGUCCGUUGGCCAAAUUUUAUCUAGCGGCAGGAAGGCGCGUUAUCGAAAAGGAACGUACACAUACGAUUACAUCCAUCCGGUCGUUGCGAUAAAACCGCGACGCGUUACGUUCGUUGGCUUUGUUAAUUAUUGUUUUAAGCGGGAAGAUCGCGUGAUGAAGGUACGCGAUAGAUAUAGAUAUAGCAUAGGUUAUAUACACAAGUAUAUGGGAAAAGAGAGAAAGGACAAAUUGUCGUGUUCUCGUUCGUAGAGAAUCCUCUCGCGAAUGCGAAUACGAAAAUCGGUAUACGAUAUAUAGGUGGAGAAACGUUCGGUUGGUAACGCGAGUCCGGAUAUACGUAAUUACGAAGACACGGAUAAUUACGGUAAAUUCAUUCCCCGAAGAUGUUACCGCGAUUACCUGCCAUUUUCGCGGCAAAAUACUUCCGGAUAUUCGUUCGUUAGGCAGAGCCUCCUACUUAUUUUCCUCUUCCCGUCUUUCGCAAUCGGUUUGUCGUCAAAGAUAUUUUUUUCUUUCUUUUCGUUUCUUUUUUAAAACUUUGUGUAACUCCCGGGAGCGAGUCACCGAUAAAUAUUCCCGAAAGAAGUCGCCGAUUCUUUAUUUUCAUCAAAAAUUCGUAUUUGCGCGACAAAAAUUCGAUGAACUCGCCUUUGGUAUUGGCUCGAAGCUAGCCGCGAAUAGUUUUUGAAAAACUAUUUCCACGUACGAUGGAAACGCAAGGAAUGCUCUCAAAGAUGCUAUCCUCCUCCAGAUUCGUGCGCCUCUAGGAUCGAGGAAAAUGAUAUCAUCGUGUCACCUUUGACACCGAUCUUCGAAAGAUAAGCGCAACGCCGUUAUUAAUCGUCUCUUUUAUAAAGAUUUUCUCCGUCAAACUUUACAUCCACUUACCUUUUCCACUUUCAGCCACAUUCGAAAAAGUUUGCGUUCGAAAAGUUGCGAAGAAACUUUGCGUUUCUCCGAUCAUCGGAAGGAAUUUUUCAUCGAUAAAGAAAUAACGAUAACGUCAAUGCAUUAUUGCGGUUAUCGAGAUAGAAGGAAGCCGUGAAAACGUAAUAGAAAGUGUAAUAUGUAGUCCGCUAAUAUAACGUGUCCUACAUGUCGAUAAAAUAGCAGGUAACGUGCAAUUGUAAAAAUGUUAUUACGACGAAAUGAGAUAACCGAGUUUUAGCGUAGCAAGUGGCAGCGAGAAUGCGCGUU